AUGCCUAUCAUAUCACAGACGCCAAAUAUGGCUCCAACCGACGAAGAAGAGGCCGCUGCAGAGUGUGACGAGCCUCCAGGGUGUCGAGCCCGUGUUAGCACCGUCCGAUCCCAUUCCCACGAACACGCUCCGACCGCUAGCAACAAGACCACCGUCAGCAUCAGCAACUCCAGGCCCAAAGUCUCAAAGGAGUCACUCCUCACUCGAGCUCUGCUCAGCAGCCCCGAGCUCUCCCCGACUGACCGUGCGGCCUCCGGCAUUACCUGGAGAAGCGUACCUGCAUUCUCUAUCAACCCUAACCAUAGCGGUCCUUCGACAGCCGAACUCACCAGUGACGGUGAACUGACCACUCCUCCUCGAUCGACUACUCCCUCACCGCCUCCUCCCACACAGUUCACACGUCCUCCGUGGGUGGCAGCUGAGCCACCUUCCAAACCCGUCUCUCCUGUCGAUGAACAUGAGUUGAAGCUGGAAGCUAACCUGGGCCGUAAGCGAUGCAUUACCUUUGCCUGUGCCAAUAAGAUUGACCCUGUCGACCAUACCCAGAGCGAUCCCGUGGCUGCCGAUCCUCCUAAGCGCAAAUCGACCAUCAAGUUUGCAUGUCCAGCCAGACCCCGGGACACCGAUGUUGAUAUCAAGAACCAGAAACAAUCUACAAGCAAGCCUUCUGCUGGUAUUCGGGGAAGCCGAUCACCUGCGCCAAUGAGUCUACAAUCCAGGUACCAGGCCAGAUCCCUCGAAGUAUCCCAAACACCGGGAAUUAAACCUACUGAACCUGCACCCGCGACUGGUUCGUUGAAGGUGACUGGGCUCGGAAAGUUUGAGUUAUCGGACGCCACCCGUUUCCAGGAAUUUGGAAGCUCUCUGGAAGACGAAGAUUGGCUAAACGAAUCGUCUGAUUACAAGCAUAAGAUGACUGUGGACGAUUGCAUGCGGAAAGAGAAUGUUAUCCGCAAGCUGGGUGAGGAAGUUGAGGCUGAGGCACAGGAAGAGGCUGAGGAGGCUGAGAAUGAUGAGGACGAUGACGAGAACGACGACGAUGACGAUGAGAACAAUGAUGAUGACGAGGACGACGAGGAUGAUGAGGAGGAGGAUGAGGAUGAAGACGAUGAAGAUGAUGGGAACCAAGACUUGUCUGACGACGGCAAUGAGACAGACAAUGAAGCAGGAUUCGGCUCCUCGGACGACGACGAUGGGGAAUCGGACUACGCAUUCUGGACUCCCACUACUACAGCAGCCACCUCGCACUCCGAUAUCACUGUCAUGCCACCGCCGAUGAAAUGGAAGGAGUCUCACGGAUCCGUCGAGUCUCUCGCUAGCCCCGGUCCGCUAGACACGGUUCCUCCAUUCGAGCCGAAGCGUGCUGCUGCGGCCAAGGAGAAGAAGUCGAAGUCUACAGCUCCCAGCCUUCCUGAUAGCACUGACUUUGUCUGUGGCACCCUGGACGAAGACAGGUCCAUUGAAGUCGCCUACAUCUCUCGAAUGGAAGAGCGGCGACGCCAGAAACACAUCCCCAUCCCUCAGGACAUCGAUCCCAGCUUCCCUACCUCCGACAUCGAGGACGAAGACGAUGAAGAUGCAGACGAUGAUGUGUCUGCCAACCCAACAGCUGCUCGUAAGCAAAAGGCUGACGAUGACGAUGCUGUCGAGCCCCCUCGUGGACGUCGAUCUAGCCGAACCACCAUCGAGAAGACCUCGAAGGCAGCAGCACACUCUCCUCGCAGACUGUUUGGGCACUCUCCUCGUCGCCUCCGCUCCCCUCCACCACCUGGUCGACUACGCUCUCCGCCUCCCUCUCGCCGCACAUCUCUCAUCAAUCCUCCGAAUCUAGGUGCAGGUCCUACGGCAAAGAAAAUAGCUGUUGCUCUUGCUCAACGACCAAACCGCACCCGGACUUCUUCUCUUCCACGAACUCCCAACCCUUUCUUUGCCCGUGGCUACUCAUCCAACAUCUACAAACGCACCUCCCGCUCUCCAUCCCCCGGCCAAAAGGCAUCUACCAAAACCAAAUCCAGUUCUACUCACACCCGAGGACCAAUCGACAUCGUUGCCGGUCUUGAGAAGAAGAGACAAAAGCGGAAAGAAAAGUUCUGGCGUCAACACUGCCGCCGUGCUGCAAAGGACCAAAUCCACUCUCGUGAAAAGAUGGUCCCGGGCCGAGGCGCAGAGCGUAUGAAGGAACUUGGCAUCGAAGUCGCGGAGAGAUUCAGAGCCUAUGGUGUUGGCGUCAACGGUGGAAACGGACCAAAACUCGUCCUUUCGAUAUAA